AUGCAAAUAAUAAACUUUCUUUUUUUACUGGGCUCCUUUUUGCAAAGAUCGAACGCAUGUAGAGUCCUGUGCGGUGGAAUUAUCGGACGAAAACGGAGAGAAACGCAGGUAGAAGAGGAAGAAAAAGUGAGAACGGAAGGAAAAGUAAAAGAGACGUUCUGGGGAUGCGCUCCAUGGUGGGCGCAGAUAUCUCUUUGUUUGAAAGUAUACUACAGAGGGUUCAAAAAGGAAGUAUCUGAGUCGCAGUUCUACCGCGUUGCGAGCCGAACUUGUGACGAGUUUUGUAUAGCUAGCAUCGACUCAGAGAAAUGUGCGGACUGCUGGAGCUCUAUCGCGAAGAACUCCUUUCAACUCUACGACAUUUAUUGCAAUUGGUCGAUGAAGGAAGAACAGUGUCCAGGAGCCCGCAACACAACGCAGUACUCGUUUUUUGAAUACAAGGAAACCAUAGAGAGGUGCAUACAAACUUAUGUUCCAGCACACGUUGACGCCACGGAGCCUGAGAUCGCUUCGUCAAAACCAGUCUCGAUCAAAGACCGCAAGAUCCGUAAGAAAUGCGAGUUCAAAAAGUCCGACAUUGAUAUCGUUUGGGAUGAGUCCUUUCCUUCGCAGAAGUUCCCACAAGUAUCGUCGAUCCCACAUAUGAACCGCCGCCAAAUAUCCGAGAUCGUGACGGAUUUCAAGCAUAAAAGUGGCUCGAUCGCUAGAAAUAGCGAAACGAUGCAAAACGAUGCAGUUCGUCCGCAAAAGGGACUCUUAUAUGUCGACUCGCAAGCAAUUGAUCUCUACGAGCAGCUCAUCGGAAAUGAUUGGAAAGAGUCUCAUGAUCAUCUGUUUGGUUCAAGGAGGCAAGAGAGAAGGAGAAGACAGAUUUCGAAGCAAGAUAGUCCAAACUUACAGUUGGGGCUUCAUUUUCCAUGCAUGAUCAAAAACCUGUCUCUUGUCUCGUAUCCGAAUGAUGUCACGAGCGGUGCCCAAAAUCUCGCAAGAAUGGCCUAUGGAUCAGCGACAGUAGACGGAUUGAAUAACAAAUUCUUUGUCUCCAUUCCAAAACCAGAGCCAAUUGAGGAAGCAGUUGGUAUGCUUUUCGAUGCAGCAAACAGCGGACUAGAGCGACAGCGGUUUCUGGAAGAACAAUCUUACCAAGCCCUGGAGUUCGAAAUCGACUAUGGAGAGGGCUGCUUCUUCGAUGCUACCAGGAUAAAAGCAAGAAUGGAGCCAGUGGUUAGAACAUCGUGUACAGACGAUCAACUCAACGAAACGAUCUGCUCUGAGUUCGAAGUUUGUGUAACUAAGAAGAGGGUAUCGACUCGCAACAAAGAAGAGUUUAUAAUCCGUUCAAAAUGUCUAACGAGGGAGAAAUCUCAGUGUCCAGAAGCUAUGGGUAGCUGGUCUCUAGAGUCGCCUUCAGGCGCUGCGUUUUGUUGCUGCAAAGGGCAAAGAUGUAAUCGAGAAAACUGCACUUUAUAA